CAGCCACGGUGUGGGGCUCGCAGGCUACGCCGCUCGCUGCCGCUGUCACUAUGGCCCAUUACAAAGCCGCCGACUGGAAGCGGGAGCAGUUCCGGAGGUACCUAGAGAAGUCGGGAGUGCUGGACACGCUCACCAAACUAUUGGUCGCCUUGUAUGAAGAACCAGAAAAACCCAAUAGUGCAUUGGAUUUUCUAAAGCAUCACUUGGGAGCUGCGACUCCAGAAAAUCCAGAAAUAGAGUUGCUUCGCUUAGAAUUGGCCGAGGUGAAAGAAAAAUAUGAAGCUGUAGUAGAAGAAAACAAAAAACUGAAAACAAAGCUUGCUCAGUAUGAACCACUUCAGGAGGAGAAGCGUGCUGAAUAG